UGCUCAUCUUUGCUGGCAGUCCCGGUCGGUGGCCCCUGCCGGGUGCUGGCUUCGUGGCGCUGCAGGGCCGCGAUGUCCGGGCCUGGUGCUGCCUGCGUAGCUCUGGUCGGGGUAGGGGGCGUGGCUGGGAGGCCCUAGUGGCCAAGGAACCUCCCGUCGAGCCAGGUGACCCAGACUUGGGCUCGGAAGCGGCGACUGGGGCCGGGCCUCCGCGUGACCGGCCGUAGUCACGCUGUGCUUAAUCACAACUAGCCUGUGCUCCGGGCUGGCGCUCGCUUUUCCUGAGCUAGGCAACCCAGGGGUUUUCUCUUAUGGUGGCUUGCUCUGAAAUGCCAAAGCCACACGGUUAUUCAAAACCGAGUGACUCUUUAACGCUUGCCGUGGGAACAGGAAGAUUUUCGGGAUCGUUGCCCAGAGCAUGGAGAAUGAUGAACUUCCGCCAGCGGAUGGGGUGGAUUGGAGUGGGAUUGUAUCUGUUAGCAAGUGCAGCGGCGUUUUACUAUGUUUUUGAAAUCAAUGAGACUUACAACAGGCUGGCUUUGGAACACAUUCAGCAGCACCCUGAGGAGCCCCGGGAAGGAACCACAUGGACACACUCCUUGAAAGCUCGGUUGCUUUCCCUUCCUUUUUGGUUAUGGACAGUUAUUUUUCUGAUACCUUACUUACAGAUGUUUUUGUUCCUUUAUUCUUGUACAAGAGCCGAUCCCAAAACGGUGGGCUACUGUAUCAUCCCCAUAUGCCUGGCAGUUAUUUGCAAUCGCCACCAGGCAUUUGUCAAGGCUUCUAAUCAGAUCAGCAGACUACACCUAAUUGACACGUGAACUCUGUCACCGUUUUUCCUUAUGGUUACAAAACUGCCCGUACUGUAUGAAGUCAGAUCACAAGACUGCAGUUUCUCCGCAGAUCUCAGGAAGUUGUGGUGGGGGCAGAGACUUUUUAAAAAAUGUGACUAGGGGACUAUCUUUAUCUGAAUAAUAAUGACUUUUUACGUAAAGCCUGAGAUACAGUAAUACAGAAUCAUGUUGAUGACUUCAGGUUUUGGAAGUAAAAUCGUGUCUUGU